UAUCACUAUUGGGCUUUUACAAAGCCCAGUUAUGUAGUUUCGAACUUUCUCUCGAGUUUGAGUCUCGUGUUGACGCUGUGUUGAGUAGAAAGAAAGUUGACAUCCAGGAGGCUCUUAAGAACCCUCCUUGCAUACAGAAGACGCUCAGGAUCUACGUGUUCAACACGUUUGCUAACCAAAUUAUGCUUGACUAAUAUACAUAUGUUGUCAAUUCAAUGUUUCCCAUAUACAAAAAUCUAAAGCAAAUAAUGAACUGGGUAAAACUUUAUAUAGCUGGUUUCAAUUUUUUUAGUGAACCAUGUACAACAUCAUUCAUAACAUGCCUAGGGUUGAUGCUAAUUUUUCUAAACCGUGAGUGAAUGCACUGUUAAACCCUAUAUCUUCCACCCAAUAAUAUAUUAACCAUUCCAAAACACGUAGAACGAACACUGAUGGUGAAAGCAUUAGGUCUCUCAGAAACUGUACCCUGUAUUCCAAGUCUUGCUCAGAGUUGUAACGCAAAAGAAACAGAAGCGGUCUUGGAAUGUAAGAGAGGGAUAUCAAACUUGACUGAUUGCACAAACCAUAGAUUAGCCGUAACUUGCGGGCUAUGCGUCUAGGAAUGUUGAACUCGUCCCGGUGUUUCUCGCCAUUAACGCAUGGUGAUAGAACCGUCAUCAAGAAUUGGUGUGCGCAAGAAGCAAAAGAUAGUGCCGCAGACAUAUUAAGUGACUCGUAGAGAUCCAAUUGGUGUGGUUUGGUUUGGUUUGAUAUGCCGAUGAUAAAUUUGUAACCAAUUUCGAUAUACAAAAUUUUAAAAAUAUUUUAAUUUUUUUUACCUUUUUAAUAAUGUAAAUAAUAACGAAAAUUACAUGCUAUUAAAAAAAUAUUUAAUUGUAUACAAUAAACGCUAUAAUAUAUCACAGUACAAUAGCAUAACAAAAAAAAGCUAUCUUAAAUGACAGAUCUGAUGAUACAUAGGACCUAAUACCGUUAUCGUAUUGUUCAAUAGCAUUUUCCCGAUGCUAUUAAUACUAAAUUUUCUUGUAGUGUGCCACAACACUCUUGUUAAGAGCAGUAUUGCGUACUAUGAUGUCUGCAAUCACAAGCUUCAAAAUAUUCGCAUGUGAUGAUGUCCUUAUGAACAUAGUCGUCUGACAUGGGAGGCAAAAGAGAAAGAAAAGAAGAUACAAGAAACUCUGCAGCCCUGUUUAUGUUUGACGCCAAUAGUGCAAAGUUGUCGGUGGAGAAUCUGGUUGACCUCUCCAUUGGAAGACGACUGCACACACUCUUCUAACAAGGAUCGCGUUUCCGUCUCCUGACUUGUGGAUCCGACAUAAUGUUUUAAUUGUGUUUCCAUGUUAAAUAGACAAAAAAAUAUAUCAAAGCAAAUAGCUGAACUAUUAGAGUGAAUUUUUUUGUAUAGCUAGUUUCAGUGAGGCAUGUACAACAUCAUGCUUAGACUUGAUCACAAUCUUCUAAACCGUAAGCACAGCCUAACUCAUUAUUAAUCAUUACCAUAUGUUAUAAGAUUUUAGAGAUUACAAGAUUGCAUAAACUAUAUAUUUUGUAGUUAUUAAGAAAUUUAAUAUAUAUGUAUGUAUAAUGAAUAUGUAUAUGUAAAGAAUUUGGUAGAUAAGUCAUACAGUUUGUAUAAAUAAGUUUAUCGACUAAAUAAUAAAACUAAGAGAAACUAUUAUGCUAUUAAGGUACAAAUGAUGCACUUUGUAUAAAAUAAAAAAAUUUCUUAUACAUAGAUACUAGCUUUCAUAAUAAAACCAUGCUCUGUUGCUUUAAGAUUCGGUCAAUAGAAUAUCAAACCAUUCAGUUGAAGAAAGCUUUCUUAGAUGACUCGGUUACGCUAGAGAAACUCUUAGAUGCAAUUAAAACAUUGAAGAAAUAAAUCAAGUUUGAUGGAAAUGAUGACUUCUUUUCUUUUCGAGUAAUUUUGAGAGCUCUUCAGGCUUGUGGAAGAUUUUUUGCUGUCCUAGGUCGGUCUCUACGAAAGCUACAUUAUGAGAUGGUUGGUACCAAAGAUGACUCCUCUAGGAGUUGUGACAAAGAUUGAGGGAAUUUGGAGUGUUGAUAAUGGUUAUAGUCUUUUUCUUUACACAAAAACUUAUAGUUGAAUAAGAAAAGGAAGUUGAGGAAAAAAGUGGUGUGAAUGAGGUUACCAAAACUGCUGACGUUGUGGAACAUGUCCACUUGGUGAUGGUAUGUGAUGACAUAUCAGGAGAACUGUCGCCUGCUAUUAGCCUGAGAGUGGCACAACAAAAGGAAGAGAACGACCCUGAAAUAAGAUGCCACCACUUUUUGGUUGAUUUUUGUAAAUUGAUUUGAUUAGUGGUUACUUAUACGUAUAGUGAUUAAAUAGCUUUUCAUUUUUAUUUUUCCCAAUUUUUAAUUUUAUUUUACCGCUACGAAGUUAUUUAAUCAAAUAACAGACUUAUAAUUAAAUAACCAAGAACCAAGCUAAAACGGGAGAGCAAUUUUUGAAGAAGAAUUGAGAAACCGAGAGAGAGUGGAAGAGGCGAAACCACGACCACCACUAAUACGAUGUAGACAUUGGAACAACAAGUCAUAAUUCAAGUUUUGAACUAGAAAUCGUUGAUAAAAUUUAGUUCCAAUCACUAAUAUUUAAACCUUUCUAUAAAUUAAAUUACAGUUAAGGUCUUAUGUUGUAGUUAGUACACAUGUGCAUAUCGUUUACCUACAAUGAGCUUAUAAAUAGUUUUCUAAUUUGCGGUUGAAAAUCGAAUUGAUCAAACAUUGAAAUGUCGUUCACUUACAGCACGCUAACGUUAUUUGUUUUUUUUUUCUUUGCUGAAAAUAACAUUUUAACCAUCAGCAAUUUGAAUAUCUAUUUGUUUAGGAGUCUCUAGUUUCAUCAAAGAGCGAGAACUAGUGCUGUCAGCUCUGAUUCUAGAAAGUUAAAUUAUCAUACCAAAAGAAAACUGUGUUGAAAAUAAUCAAAACUGGUUACAUUAAUUGUUUAUUUCAAAAUAUCGGCAUCAAUAUAAACCGUUGAGCUAAAGUUGAUGAACUACAUUAGAACAGGUACAUUCGCUGAAUUCAAGGAUUAGACCAAGAAUACUUUUGAAUUUAGUUUAUCCUUUUGUGAUUAACGACAAUAUAUUAGUUAGCGAUAAUUUCCAUUUACUCAAGAAAAUAUUAUUUAAAAUAUUUCCAUGCAGAUGACUGACCUAAUGAGGUUUAGUUAAAAUGUCACUCUCAAUGAAACCCCCUAACUCAAGAAAUGUCCUCGCUUAUGUAAAACUCCAGAAAAUCCCAGUUGUAAAAUUCUGUCAUUCAUCUGUUAAUGUGACUAUAUUCUAAUCAUUCAUAAUAAACAUACUCUAUUUCUGUAACUUUUUCAUCAAGACAAAAAAACAAACAUUUAUAUUCUAUAAAAGAGACUCAGCAGCUACCGAUAUAUCCGGUGGCAUAUCGGAGAGUCCAAGAAAUAGAGUGCUGUCAUCCAUUAUAUCCAAGAGGGGACCUUAUAGCUAGAAACAAGAACUUAAAGGAGAAGAUCGAGAUGGAUACUAGUAGCGAUUCAAAAAGACACAUGCAGACGUGUUUUUUCCUAGGGAUGCUGUUCUUUUGCAUGGUGGUCGAGUCGGAUGCUCAAUUAUCAGAAAAUUUCUACGCCUCGACAUGUCCUAACGUGGAGCUUAUCGUUCGUCAGGCGGUUGCAACGAAAUACCAACAAACCACCAUCACGGCUCCGGCAACAUUACGAAUGUUCUUUCACGACUGCUUCGUCGGUGGAUGUGAUGCUUCUGUGUUAGUAACGUCUGAUAAUGGAGACGCGGAGAAGGACGCGCAGGACAAUAUAUCUCUCGCAGGAGACGGUUUCGACACUGUGAAUAAAGCUAAACUAGCUGUGGAAGCUCAAUGUCCUGGCCGUGUGUCAUGUGCCGAUAUUAUGGCUCUCGCCGCCAGAGACGUUGUCGUCCUCGCUGGAGGGCCAGGGUUUAAGGUGGAGCUAGGGAGACGAGACGGGCUCGUGUCAAACGCGUCUCGAGUUGACAGGAAGUUACCAGGACCAGAGCUAGACGUAAAUGGUCUGGUCAAUCUAUUCGCUAGUAACGGACUCACAAUGACCGACAUGAUUGCUCUCUCAGGCGCACACACUAUAGGAUUCUCUCACUGCGACCGUUUCGCUAGCCGUCUCUACAACUUCUCAGCGUUCAUGCCCGUAGACCCCACGCUUGACCCGGCCUACGCACAGCAGCUGAUGCAGUCCUGCCCUCGUGUUGGUGCGGACCCCAGCGUCGCCGUAAACCUGGACCUAAACACCCCAAAUGUCUUUGACAAUGUCUACUUCCAGAACCUAGUUGCUCGGAAAGGACUUUUCACGUCCGAUCAAAUUCUGUUUAACGAUUUCAGGUCUCAGGCAACGGUGAUCAGGUUUGCAAACAGUGCUGAAGAGUUCAAUAGGGCUUUUACGUCAGCUAUGAGGAAACUCGGCCGCGUUGGUGUUAAGGUUGGGAGCCAAGGAGAGAUCCGUAGGGAUUGCUCUGCUUUUAACUAAUUUAUGUCACAAAUAUUUUAAAAACAUACGAAUUCUCCUGUUUUUUUUUUAUUAAUGUUUGUUAUAUUAAAAUGUCAUAAUCCACAAUGGAACUUGUUAUAUUGGAGUUGUAAAAGCUAUUUCUCGGGAUUGAAAGAAACAUUAUUUGAAAAUUUGAAAUACAAGUACAGUGGAAUUCAUUUGAGUUUGUACUUUGUAUUCAAAUAAGUCAGGGGUAUACAUGCAAAUUAACCUUCUAGGUAUUUAUAGAAAUUCACUUACUAUGAAUUCAUUGAUAAACGACAGAAACUCAAGUCCCAAAGGCCAAAUGUCUAUUUCUAACAAAACAGAAAGAAAAAAAACAAAACAGAAAGAAAAAAACAAGAGACACUACGUACAGAUCCACGAGAUCGAAUCAGAUUCUUAGCAUACACAACAAUCAAGAGUGUGACAAUAAUAUUAUAAUAUAUAGUUUUGAUACGAUCCAGUAGCUGCAGAGAAUCGUUCUUUUCUUCACCAUGCAAACUUCUUAUUUCGUCCGGUUCAAGCCACUGUUUCAUUAAGAUCUCAAUCUUGAUCGAAGCGUUCUAUAAAUUUACAUGCAUGGUUGUAUUAAAACAUACAUACACUAGCUAUAUCUCCUACAUUAAACUCCUAACAUUAACAAACGCUUCCUAUCUAGCUAGAUCUUGAGAUGGCUUUGAAUUGGGGACCCGUGUUAAUGUCGGUGAUUUUUUUCAUCGUAUUGACUCCCGGAGUAUUGUUUCAGGUUCCGGGGAAGACCAAGGUGGUUGAAUUUGGCGGGUUUCAGACAAGCGGUGCAGCCAUUGUUAUUCACACACUCAUCUUCUUUGCAUGCAUCACAGUCUCCCUUAUCGCUCUUCAUAUCCACAUCUACGCUGCCUAGAGAAUUUGACAUUGCAACUUUUGGCCAUCAUUGAUAGCUGCAUCCUUAAUUAUAUGUAUGUCCUGUCUUUUUGUUAUUGUUUUUGGUCAUCUUUGAUUUCCGAUUCUCAGUUAAGUACUUGUACUGGAAUUACAUUAUUGAAUCCCUUUUCGUUA